AUUCAAUGAUUGGAGGGCAUAUAAUCUAUAAUAUGUGGAAGAAUGUUGGAAGACGACCAAUAUUCAAAAUGGUUGGCGAGGGAGAUGAUGUCAAUGAUCACAAGCCGCGACCCUAUCUUCGAAUGGAUUGGUCAUCUUCAGCUAUUGGGCUGUUCCUAGGACUGCUGGCCCUGGUGACCCUCACCAUCACCUUGAUCCUCUACUUUGCUCUGGUGAACCAGGAGAACUUCCACUUGAUCGCAGUUCUCAUGAUCAACGUGAACGAUACCAUCAUCAACUGCUUGAUGGUCCUCGCCAUCAUUAUCGGUUUUAUCCAGAUCAGGAACCUUCAGUUUGUUCAGUCAGAUAAUGAGCAUGAUAUUCUAAUGAUUAUCAGUGCUUUUGGUAUUUUUCUCUACGCUAGCUAUACAGUCAUUGCAGGAUAUCUGAGCACAAACUCCGUAGAACCAGUGAUCCUCGUAAUAGUUAACGGAAUAACAGAACUUGUUCAGGUGAACACAUUCUAACAUUAUUCCGAAGAUUA